AUAAAUUUAUAAUAAUUAAAAUCAUAACUAAAUAAAAAAAGUAAAAAAAAAAAUUAUCAAUCAAAGUAAAUAAAGUUUAACUAACUAAUUUACCUUAAAAAUUAAAAACUAACAAACUCUUAAACUAAAAAACAAACACUCUCCUUAUAAUUGUUCUACACAAAAAUAAUAAUGUAAGCUGCUUUCCUCUACAAAGAAUAAAUAAAGGAAGAUAUCAUCUACCUCUCUCAACUCAAGAAACAAAAAGGAUCUGAAAGAAACAUCUUAAACAAAUGGUUUUAAGAUUCUAUUAAAAACUACUUCUUGGAAACAUAUGCCAGUCCCUUCCUUAAAAAUGAAUUAGGUGAAGGCUUUGUUAAGAAAGUUAAAUAAAACAUUGAAAAGAAAAUGUUAUGCGAUGGUCUUAAGUUCAUGAAUCUCCUUAACCAAUAUAAAAUUGAACUCGAACAAUAUGGUAAGGCCCAAAAAUUCGUUAACUCAUUGAUAUCCAUUAUCAUUGACGAUUAAAAGCUUGAAAGAGGUUCCGCUUUAUGGGCCAAGCAAGCCAAGAAGAAAUUCGUCGCUUUAAUGCUUAUCGUUUUAAUGGACUACAGUGAUGGUAAGGUAACUUCUUUCUACGAUAUGUGGAAUUACAUCUUCCCAUCUGAAACUUAAAUCAAGAAAAAGCUCUCCAAGGAUGAUAAAAUGAGAUUGAAAUACAGCUCAAACACCAAUAUCCUCCUCGGAACUUCCCCCAUCAAUUCCAGCACUACUCUCGGAUAUUAACAAUAUGCUUAAGCUACCAAAAAUUACUAAAUCCAUGACAACUCUUCUUAGUGUUCCAGAACUUGCGACUUUUAAGAAAUUGAAAAUGCUCCUAUUGUUGCCAAGAAAUUCAAAAUUGAACCUAAAUAAGAAAACUAUGAAAACUAAUACAUUAAUUAACAAUACUAAUAACAACAAUAAUAGAAUAUCCAAUAACAAUAAGCUCAACAAUUCUAAUUCAUUCCUGCUUAGUCUUUCUAAACUCUUAAACAACAACAAGAAAUGUUAUUGAGACCUCACUCCAACUCUUAAAUUAAUCAAUAAUACAAUCCUUCAUUCUUAAAUACUCCUGAUUUCAUAAGAAGAAUGAGCUAAGCUCUUCCCCUCAAAUAAGAAGUUCACGAAUAAGAAUUGAUCAACCUCGACGAUCCUUAGUUCUUCUAAGAUAAGAUCGAUGAAGUUCAAUUAUAACAAUAAGCUUAAAUUCCCUAAUACUAAUAAGCUCCCUAAACUCCUCUUUAAUUUGCUCAACAACCAUAGUUGAAUUUGGAAUAAACUUUACUUUAGAACCUCCAUAACUAACAAUAAGUUUAACAUUAAGGUCUUUACUAAUUCUAAGAAUAAGCUAUGAAUGCCUAAGCAGUUCAUAUCCCUUCUUAAGCUUAACAAUUAAAUUAAUUGCCUACCAACCCUAACAACGGUUACUUCUACAAUAAUGUUGAUAUUAACAACUACUUCAGUGUUGAUCAAUUGUUUGCUUAAAACAACUAUGCUGCUAGCUCUAAUUUAUAUUGA